GGUGAAGUCACAGCGUCUUGCUGAGACGCACAUUGGGGUCUCAGGAACAAGUACAGGUUUACUACCUGCUGAAAAGAGAAGAAAGGAAACACAAUGUUUCGACUGUAGAGCCUUCUUCGGGUUCUUCUUCCGCUCCCGAAGAAGCUCCACAGCCUUUCCUUCCCCUUUCAGCAGGAAAUUAACCUGUUCUUGUUCCGUUGCAGCCUACGCCUGCUGACGCGGCUCCCUACUCGAACUACAUUGAGGCCCAGCUCUGUAAGGUCGGGGGCCAUCAAGGUGAGGUCGAAAGGAGAGGAAAGAUGGUCAGCCAAAAACGUUGGUGAAGCAGCCAUUGAAGUGAGGUCAGACGCCGGCUGUGAGGUCAGACUGGAAGGAGUAACCAUGACGAUGAGCUCCACUGAGGCUGUUUGUGGAGCUGAAUGAGGCCUAGGCGAUGAGGUCAGAGCAGCAACAGGGAUUGAUGGAGACAACUGUGGCUACCGAGGUGAAGGCACGGGGUGGGCAGUGCGUGCCGGUGGUGUGUGAUUCGUCGAAGGACGAUGAUAUCAAGCAGCUGUUUGAGAGAAUCGGGCGGGAGCAGAAGGGGCGCCUGGACAUCCUGGUCAACAACGCGUAUGAUGGAGUCCAGGCCAUUUUUGACUACUCAGAGAAAAAAUUCUGGGAGAUGGACCCCUCAGUCUGGGACUCUAUGAACAAUGCUGGACUAAGGGGUCACUAUAUCUGCAGUGUGUAUGCUGCGCGGCUCAUGGUGCAGGCGGGCCGGGGGUUGCUGGUGGUGAUCUCCUCCACUGGGGGGCUGCAGUACUGCUCCAACGUCCCCUAUGGAGUCGGCAAGGCAGCGUGUGACAGGUUGGCAGCUGACUGUGCUGUGGAUCUCAGAGGUCGGGGGGUGGUGUCGGUCAGCCUGUGGCCAGGAGCAGUCAGGACAGAGCUGGUCAUUCAGAACGUGAUGGACCCGCAGCCACGGAGUGAGGAGCAUCAGAAGAUCAGGGAGGGUUUGUCCACGGGAGAGACCCCAGAGCUCAGCGGGAGGUGUAUUGUGGAGCUGGCCAAAGAUACAGACCUGAUGGCUCUGACAGGGAAGGUUCUGAUGACCUCAGAUCUUGCAAGGCGCUAUAAUAUUCGGGAUGUUGAUGGGCGCAGUGUGUUUGACAACAUGUCCGUCAGUUUUCUCGUCUCCCAAGUGCCCUACCUCUCCUGGCUGUCCUCUUUCAUCCCUUCUUUCCUGCGUCUUCCCAAGUUUGUUCUCACUCUGCUCCACGGACGGUUCUGA